UUGUUCCAGUCGUGGUGGUGGCCUCGUGCUGGUGCACCACCUGUUGAAAAAGCAGAUGGAUAGACGCACGCAAAACCAUCGUUGCGUUGGCGGAGGGACGCCGGACGUGGCUGCGCCCCUCGUCACCCCGCGGACGCGCUCUCGUGUCAUCCCAGGCCGUUCUCACAGCUCUUCACCACUUCCGGUCCCGGCCCCGCCUCCUCAAGGCCUCUCCGUGCGUUUGCGUUCAAGAAUUUUGUCCCCAGCGCCGAGCCGUCUCUCCGCCCCCGCCGCUGCCAUGGCGGCAGCUCCGCCGGUCUCCAAGGCCGAGUACCUGAAGCGUUAUUUGUCUGGGGCAGGUGCCGGCGUCGAUGGGGCCUCUGAGUCGGGUCGCAGGCGUCGCAGAAAGCGGCCGAAGCCUGGCGGGACCGGCGGCAAGGGAAUGCGGAUCGUGGAUGAUGAUGUGAGCUGGACAUCUAUUUCCACCACUAAACCGGAAAAGGAGGAAGAGGAAGAUGAUGGAGAUUUGCCUGUGGUGGCUGAGUUUGUGGAUGAGCGGCCAGAAGAGGUCAAGCAGAUGGAAGCCUUUCGUUCCAGUGCCAAAUGGAAGCUUCUAGGAGGUCACAGUGAAGAUCUGCCCUCACACAGACACUUCCGUCGUGACUCCCUGGAUUCAUCUCCCCCAAGGAGGGUCCGUCACGACACCCCGGACCCAUCUCCCCCGAGGAGGGUCCGUCACGACACCCUGGACCCAUCUCCCCCGAGGAGGGUCCGUCACGACACCCCGGACCCAUCUCCCCCCAGGAGGGUCCGUCACGACACCCCGGACCCAUCUCCCCCGAGGAGGGUCCGUCACGACACCCCGGACCCAUCUCCCCCCAGGAGGGUCCGUCACGACACCCCGGACCCAUCUCCUCCCAGGAGGGUCCGUCACGACACCCCGGACCCAUCUCCCCCCAGGAGGGUCCGUCACGACACCCCGGACCCAUCUCCCCCCAGGAGGGUCCGUCACGACACCCCGGACCCAUCUCCCCCCAGGAGGGUCCGUCAUACUUCUCUGGAUCCUUCUCCCCUCAGGAAGCCUCAUCGUCAUUCUUCAGGCAUGUCUCCUAGGAGAACCCAUCAUGACACACCAGAUUCAUCUCUUCCUAGGAGGGCCUGUCACAAUUCCUCAGAUAGCUCUGUUCCCAGAAGGGCUCAAAAUAACUCACCUGACACAUCUCAACCUAGAAGGACUCAUGACUCCUUGGACACAUCGCAGCUCAGGAGGGCCCAUCAUAACUCCCCUGAUUUGGCUGCUAGUGUCCCUCAUUCACUGCCCAGACCCAAAAGCAGUAAAGGCCCAGAGAGAGCUUCUAGGAAAACUUCUCCACAUUCGAAGGGGCCGGGACCAUCUCACACAUCAAUCCCAAAGAACAGCAAAUAUGAGUAUGACUCCGACCGUUCUCCUCCACGAAAAAAGCGAGCAAAAUCCCAUAAGCAUGAUUCUAAAGACUCUUCCCCCAGCCAUAGGAAAUUUCAUACAAACUCUUCGCCUAGGAGAUAUCAGAGUCACAUGUUGGACUCUUCCUCCUACCCAGAUGAUAGUCGGAAAGCCUCUGAUUCAGAUCUUUCUCCUCCACGGCAAAAGCGGAGUUCAGGGCACAAAAAUUCUGAUUCAGAUCUGUCACCUCCACGGAAUAGACCUACAUACCGGAGCUCUGAUUCUGACCUGUCUCCACCAAGGAGGAAACAGAGGGCCAAAUCUUCUGAUUCCGAUCUGUCUCCACCUCGAAGGAGUCAGCCUCUAGGAAAGAAGGCUGCACACAUGUAUUCUGGGGCAAGAACUGGGUUGGUGUUAACUGACAUACAGCGAGAGCAGCAAGAGCUCAAAAAACGGGACCAAGAAACUACGGCGUUUGAAGCUGAAUUCCAAUAUGCUGAAACUGUAUUUCGAGAUAAGUCUGGUCGUAAGAGGAAUUUGAAACUGGAACGUUUAGAGCAAAGGAGAAAAGCAGAGAAGGACUCGGAGAGAGAGGAGCUGUACGCUCAGUGGGGAAAAGGGCUUGCCCAGAGCCGGCAGCAGCAACAAAAUGUGGAGGAUGCAGUGAAAGAAAUGCAAAAGCCUCUGGCGCGCUACAUUGAUGAUGAAGAUCUGGAUCGGAUGCUGCGAGAACAGGAAAGAGAGGGGGACCCCAUGGCCAACUUUAUCAAGAAGAAUAAGGCUAAGGAGAACAAGAAUAAGAAAGUGAGACCUCGAUACAGUGGUCCUGCCCCUCCUCCCAACAGAUUCAAUAUCUGGCCUGGAUAUCGCUGGGAUGGAGUUGACAGAUCCAAUGGAUUUGAACAGAAGCGCUUUGCCAGGCUUGCCAGCAAGAAGGCGGUGGAGGAACUUGCCUACAAGUGGAGUGUUGAGGAUAUGUAACUUUUCUGAGGCUGUGGGGCGGCUGUGGGUUGUGGUAGUGGACAUAGGGCAGCCAGACAUCCAGCUGUAACAGCUGUCUAUGCUAGUAAUCAGGGUCCACACAGACCAGCAACCUGAAUGCCAGUUUUGACUACAGAAGAAUAUUUUGAGACCUGAUGUUUGGACUGAGGCACCUGUACUUCUCAGGUGUUCCAACACUGGCGAUUGCUGGCCUUCAGAGGAAGCAUUGCAUUUUCAGUGUCCCAGAGUUUGUUCUUGGUUAGGGUUUUUCUUUUUUAAUAAACAUACAUUUAUUUUUUCACAA